AUGUCGUGCCGGCCUAUUGCCAAUGUAGAUAUGCCUGACCCAUGGGUCUAUUCGUGGAACGGGAUUUUCUAUCUCACUUUCACGUUGGGUAAUCGUAUUGAGAUUUGGGCCUCGAACAAUAUCGAGGACUUUAACCAGCCCCAGAAGAGCCUGGUGUGGAAGCCAGAUGGCUCUGGCUGGGCUCCCGGUAUUUGGGCGCCAGAGCUUCAUAACAUCAAUGGAGUUUGGUACAUUUACUUUAGUGGGGAAAAGCCCGGUCAGGGCCCUGCUUCGCACCGCACCUUGAUCCUACGGUCGCAGUCACAGGACCCCAUGGACCCGAGCGGCUGGCAGUUUGUGGGUCCGCUUCAGGGUGUGCCAGAUCACUGGGCGAUUGACGCGACAGUAUUCUUUAUUCGUAACAACCUGUACUGCUGCUACUCUGGCUGGCCAGUGGGUGACAACUCGGACACGGAGCAGGACCUAUUCUUGGUCCAACUGGCUUCGCCGGAGCAGGCUAUGCCAGAAACCCUCGUAACAAUUUCCAAACCCACGUACAAAUGGGAGCGCCCCGAUGGUGGUAAGCGCGGUAUCAACGAGGGUCCCUCAUAUGUCGAAUUCAACAAUGUCCGCGGUAUCGUGUACAGUGCCCACGGUAGCUGGACGUGCGACUACAAGCUCGGUCUUUUGCUGCUCACGGGCGAAAACCCCUUGGAUCCUAAGUCAUGGACAAAGCGUGACUCGCCUUUGCUCUCCAGUGAUCGCAGCAAAGGCGGUCCCUAUGGUCCUGGACACGCCUCGUUCGUCCCUACCAAUGAUGGUCGUGUCAUGUGCAUGUUCCACUGUACGUUUAAUGUGGACGAUGGUUGGGACAACCGCAAAGCACGUGUAAUGUGUCUGGAUGCCAAAGACUUUAGCCCUUCGGCCAGCUGCUGCUGCUGCGCUACAGGCGAAACGCCCGGUGACCGCCCCGGUGGAUUCCUCGGAAAAAUCAUCAACGCCAUCAAGAAGUAA